AUGUCCUUCUCACUCUUCACGGCUCUCCCUACAGAGCUGCGACUGGAAAUAUGGAGACUCACCUUUCAACCUCGCGCAGUGGAAGUCAGAUAUCAGCCAGAGACUGACGAGUGUCGGACAAUCACACACCCGCCUGCUGUAUUACAAGUCUGUCGGGAAUCCAGAGAGGAAGCACUCAGGUUUUACCACAAAUGCUUUGGUACCAAGACUCAAGAACCACUCAUAUACUUCAACUCCUCUAUCGACAUUCUAUACAUCCCGAGGCAUCGACCGAUGGGCUAUGACGACACCUCUAGAGACUUUGCGGAAUGCAUUCUAGAUACGGCAGAGCACGUCAAGAUGCUUGCAGUCGACCACGUCUUACCAGACGUCAAGCGUCCAUGGGAAACAUACAACAAGCUCUGCUUAAUGCUGGGUCUGCCAAAUCUCAAGGAGGCUUACAUGAUUAUAUCAACCGAAUCCGACAAUGGCGAAUCAGGAGCCGGCAUGGAGAUUGAGAUCAUCGACCCCAAGGAGGAUCAAGAGGCCAUCCUAAAGGUCAUGAAAGAUAUUGAAGAGACAUAUUCUCAUGAACUUGGCGAGAUUCAAUGGGAGCAAGAAGCACAAGAGGCUUUCGAAGAUGACGCUGCCCAAGACGGGGGUUCAUUAUCCGGAGAGCACAGCCACUCGCAUCACCACCACCACCACCACCACCUGUCUUACCCACCAAUUGUACCCAAGGCCAAAAUUUCCCAUGGCUGGGAGAAGCAUGGCAGCAUGGUCAGGUGCAUCUGA